GCGUGUGUUGUUUUAGAGGCAAAAUCCAAGUUUUCUUGGCUAGUUGGGUAUUUGAAAAUCGUUCAGUUAUGUUUUGUCGCUUCCAGUGUGAGGAACAAAAUUCUAUUGUAAAUUGGUGAAAAUAUUAAAGAAAAUAAAAAAGUGCUUCGAUUUUGUAAACCGGUGGUGUGCUUUAUGACUUGAAUUGAAUUUGGCUAUUGCGUUGUGGCUGUUUUACUUUAAAAGUGCUAUUGCGUUCGAUAACGUGUGUCCAACAAUUGCAAAUUAAAGCGAACAACUUAAAAAGAAGUUUUUGUGACAGACUUAAAAAAAUCACAUAAGGCAACACAAAAAGCACCGUUUAAGCCUUUUCAGUUUAAGAACAAAGUAGAGGAACACACUACAAAUUAAAAUGAGUCCCCCAGCAUUAUUAAGCAAAGAACUGCCAGAUAUUGAAAAUUUACUCACUUUGAAUCCACGUGUCAAGACCAAGUGUACAGUAGUACCCACCACAGAGACCAAGGUCAAUAAGAAACACUGGAAACGUAAUCCUGAUCGCAGCUGUGCGUCUGGUCCAAAAUUGAACAACAACUUUGAAGACAUCAAACACACCACUCUCUCCGAGAGAGCUGCCCUGAAAGAGGCUGCCAGAUGUUUGAAAUGUGCCGAUGCUCCAUGCCAAAAAUCCUGUCCCACUCAAUUGGACAUUAAGAGUUUCAUUACCAGCAUUUCCAAUAAAAAUUACUAUGGCUCUGCCAAGGCCAUUUUCUCCGAUAAUCCUUUGGGUUUGACUUGUGGUAUGGUAUGCCCCACCAGUGACUUGUGUGUGGGUGGCUGUAAUCUGCAGGCUUCAGAAGAGGGUCCCAUUAACAUUGGAGGUCUUCAACAAUAUGCCACUGAUGUCUUCAAGCAAAUGGGUGUUAAACAGAUAGUGCCGCCAGGCAUUAAGGCUCCGAAGCAAGUGGGCAAAAAGAUCGCCCUAUUGGGUGGUGGCCCUGCCUCUUUGUCCUGUGCCACAUUCUUGGGUCGUUUGGGCUAUAAAGAUAUCACCAUCUACGAGAGGCGUUCUUACUUGGGUGGUUUGAGCUCUUCGGAAAUUCCCCAAUACCGUUUGCCUGUGGAUGUGGUGAAUUUUGAAAUUCAAUUGGUGCAAGAUUUGGGUGUUAAAUUUGAGACAAAUCGUUCGCUGUCUACCAAGGAUAUUAUGGUUAAGGAUCUGCUUGCAACCGACCAUGCUGUCUUUUUGGGCAUUGGUUUGCCUGAACCCAAAUUGAAUCCCAUUUUCAAAGGCCUAGAUGAGUCCAUGGGAUUCUUUACCUCCAAGAGCUUCUUGCCCAAGGUGGCCGAUGGCUCCAAGCCUGGCCUGUGUGCCUGUAAGGCUAGUCAAGCUUUGCCCCAACUCCAUGGCAAUGUUAUUGUUUUGGGAGCCGGUGAUACUGCUUUCGAUUGCGCCACUUCCGCCCUGAGAUGUGGAGCCAAGCGAGUCUUUGUCGUCUUCCGCAAGGGCUCUUCCGGUAUUCGUGCUGUCCCCGAAGAGGUGGAAUUGGCUCGUGAGGAGAAAUGUGAAUUUUUGCCUUACCUAUCGCCCCGCAAGGUUUUGGUAAAGGACAACAAAAUCACCGGCAUGGAAUUCGUACGCACCGAGCAGAACGAAAACGAUGAAUGGUUGGAGGAUGAAGAACAAACCACACGUCUCAAAGCAAACUUUGUGAUUUCCGCUUUUGGCUCCGGCCUCUAUGACACUGAGGUGAUUGACGCCAUGGCUCCCGUGGAACUGGACAAAUGGUUCAUGCCUAAAUUGAAUGCUAAGACUUUGCAAACCUCAGUGCCCCAGGUUUUCUGUGGUGGAGAUUUGGCUGGAACUGCUGAUACCACAGUGGAAUCGGUUAAUGAUGGCAAAAUUGCUGCCUGGAGCAUGCAUUGCUAUUUGGAAGGCCUGCCCAUGGACACUCCAGCUGAGCUGCCUUUGUUCCAUACCGAAAUCGAUAAUGUCGAUAUCUCCGUGGAAAUGUGUGGCAUUAAAUUUGAAAAUCCCUUUGGCUUGGCCUCGGCCCCUCCCACCACCAGUGCUGCUAUGAUUCGUCGUGCCUUUGAGCAAGGCUGGGGCUUUGUGGUGACCAAGACCUUUGGUUUGGACAAGGAUUUGGUAACCAAUGUGUCACCACGUAUAGUUCGAGGUACCACCUCCGGCUACAACUACGGCCCUCAACAGGGAGCCUUCUUGAAUAUUGAAUUGAUUUCCGAAAAGAAGGCUGAGUACUGGUUCCGUUCCAUUACCGAAUUGAAAAAGGACUUCCCUACCAAAAUUGUCAUUGCCAGUAUCAUGUGUCAAUACAUCGAAGAGGAUUGGAUAGAAAUGUCCACCAAGGCAGAGGCUUGUGGCGCAGAUGCCUUGGAACUGAAUUUGUCUUGUCCCCAUGGUAUGGGUGAAUCUGGCAUGGGUUUGGCCUGUGGUCAAGAUCCCGUUUUGGUAGAAAAUAUUUCUAAGUGGGUGCGCAAAGCUGUAAAGAUUCCCUUCUUUGUCAAGUUGACCCCCAAUAUAACCGAUAUUGUGUCUAUUGCCAUGGCUGCUAAGCGUGGCAACGCAGAUGGUGUUUCGGCCAUCAACACGGUUCAGGGUUUGAUGAGUUUGAAGGCUGACGCCAGCCCUUGGCCAGCUGUUGGCUCGGAGAAAAAAACCACUUAUGGUGGUGUGUCUGGUAAUGCUACUCGGCCCAUGGCUUUGAGAGCCAUCUCUUCCAUUGCAAAUAAAAUACCAGGUUUCCCCAUUUUGGGUAUUGGCGGCAUUGACUCGGGCGAAGUUGCCUUGCAAUUCUUGCAAGCUGGUGCUUCGGUUUUGCAAAUCUGUUCGUCGGUACAAAAUCAAGAUUUCACUGUCAUCGAUGACUACUGUACCAGUUUAAAAGCCUUGCUGUACUUGAAGGCCCAUCCACCACCACGUAAUGCUCCCUUCUGGGAUGGUCAAUCACCACCAACAAUCAAGCAUCAGAAGGGCAAGCCAGUCUUGCAUUUGACCGGAGAAGGCAAUAAGACUUUGGGCUUCUUUGGCCCUUAUUUGCACGAACGUGAAGAGAAAAUGGCACAAAUCCGUGCUGAAAAAGGACCUAUAUGGAAAAUUGAUGCCGACGACGAUAAUGAAGCACCACAGAACGGACACUCUAAUGUGGAGGUGCCCAAGGUGAAGGAUAUAAUUGGUCGUGCUUUGCCACACAUAACAAACUACAAGAGUUUAGAUAAUAAACAACAAAAGGUUGCCUUGAUCGAUGAUGAUUUGUGCAUAAAUUGCGGUAAAUGCUAUAUGACCUGUGCUGAUUCUGGCUAUCAAGCCAUUGAAUUCGAUCCCAAGACCCAUAUACCCCAUAUCACAGAUGAUUGUACCGGUUGUACUUUGUGUGUCUCCGUUUGUCCCAUCAUUGAUUGCAUCAGCAUGGUGCCCAAAACAAUACCUCAUGUUAUUAAGCGUGGUUUGGGUGAGGAGAAGAAUUUCUUCACCCAUGCCUUGAGCCCAAUGCAAUAGAAGAGGGUGGAUGACUUCUUAGCAUAGGACAUUUCGGGCAUUGAUAGAGCAUUUAACAUUUUUCGUAUAAAUUUAACUGAAUUGUAGUUAUUGUUUUAAACUAACUAAAAAUUAUAUAUAAAUACAUACAUAUAUAUGUAUAGAUACGUACAUACAUUCAUAUAUUUUGUAUAUAUGUAAUUAUAAAUGUAAUAACAUGUUUAAAGAAAUUUGUGGGUUGUGGACUUUGAACUAUCGCCUCUGAUUAGGCGAACAAAGCUUAGGCCAAAAUUGAUCUCUGAUGUGGUCAUUAUACAGCUUUUACCAUCCGUAAAAUUGGAAAGAAACUCUGUCGUCCUAAGAUUUCCAAAAAUAUGUGUUUGCAAAAAAGAUAAAAAUUUUUCAAUUAAAAAAUUGAUUGGAAAUAAAAACGUUUUCAAUUAAAAAGUUAA